AACAAACAGAGGAUUUCGGUGAGGAUUGAGGGGGAGUGGUGGCCGCACUCUCCCAGGCUCAGAUCAGCCAGCCUGAAUCCAUGCUUAUUCGGUCAUGCUUAUGCAUGCAGUUAUUCUAUUCUGUCAGUUGACCUUAUCCUGCAGACCAGCGAAAUUGUUUUCCCUUCCCUCUCUUCCCCUGCAGCUGCAGCAGCAGCAGCAGCACAGCGCCACAGCCAUUUUCACCGCUGCAUCCAACAAUCUACCGGACCAUUUCUUUCUUUAAUUGCCAGCCCACCAUCUCUCCUUCACUUCUCCCUGAUCCAGCCUUUAAUGCUAGACCUGCAACAUCCACCACCUUCCCUUUUACUCUCUCUCUCUCUCUCUCUCUCUCCGUCUUGGGCGUUACUUCCAUCGCCAUUGCUGGCACAGGUUCUUUGCUUGAGGGAUGAGCAGAUGGAGGUCCUAUUGCCAAAAGUGGGAGAAGAGUGCAUCCACACUUGCUGAGGCCAACUAGGGGAUCCCCAUUGAUGCAGUCCAACUGAAAUUUCCCAAUCUACACAAGAAUUGAGCACGGGGCCACUAUGGGUUCCAGUGAUUUGAGUUCAGAGAUGAGGAGGACGGUUCUUGGCCUAACAUUGUGGGUCUGGAUUGCAAUUGGUGUGGUCGCUCUUCUAGUUGCCAUUCUGCUGAUGAUAUGCAUUUGGAUGGCAUCCCGCCGCAAGACGAAGAGAACAAUGGACAAUUUGAGGCAAACACAGAUCCCCAUUUUCUCCAAGGAGAUCCCGGUUGACAGGGUUGGCGGCCGCAGCCUUGCGCAGACAAUGCAUGAACGUGAGCAGCCUAGCUUCCCACCGCAAGACAAGCACACAAACCGGGAGCCGGGGAAGACGCUGGGGCAUAUGGCACUGAGCAAGUCAUCGGAACCUGACAACAUGAGCCAGGGGAGCUCAGUUUGCAAUGUUGACCGUGCUGGUAGUGUGCAUUCCGGUGAAGAUGGUAGCACAGGGCAUGGUAGGAAACCGUAUUCUCCUGCAGCAUUUGUGUCAGCGUCGCCGCUGGUUGGCCUCCCGGAGUUCUCUCAUCUCGGCUGGGGCCAUUGGUUUACUUUGCGUGACCUUGAGCUUGCUACCAACCGUUUCUCUAGGGAGAAUGUGCUUGGAGAGGGUGGAUAUGGAGUUGUGUAUCGUGGCCGUCUAGUGAAUGGAACUGAAGUUGCUAUCAAAAAGAUCUUUAACAAUAUGGGGCAGGCAGAAAAGGAGUUCAGAGUGGAGGUCGAGGCUAUUGGCCAUGUCCGGCAUAAGAAUUUGGUUCGGCUGUUGGGUUACUGUGUUGAGGGAGUGAAUAGGAUGUUGGUGUAUGAAUUUGUGAAUAACGGUAACUUGGAGCAGUGGCUUCAUGGAGCUAUGCGCCAGCAUGGUGUUUUUAGCUGGGAAAAUCGUAUGAAGGUUGUUAUCGGCACUGCAAAAGCACUAGCUUACCUUCAUGAAGCUAUAGAACCAAAAGUUGUGCACCGAGAUAUAAAAUCAAGCAAUAUCUUGAUUGAUGAGGAAUUUAAUGGCAAGGUCUCUGACUUUGGAUUGGCCAAGCUUUUGGGGUCUGAUAAAAGCCACAUUACUACUAGAGUGAUGGGAACAUUUGGAUAUGUUGCACCUGAGUAUGCUAACACGGGCAUGUUGAAUGAAAAGAGCGAUGUUUAUAGUUUUGGUGUUCUCUUGUUGGAAACUGUGACAGGAAGGGAACCUGUUGAUUACAGCCGCUCUGGCAAUGAGGUCAAUCUUGUCGAGUGGCUCAAAAUAAUGGUGGCAAACCGGAGAGCAGAAGAAGUGGUUGAUCCAAUCCUAGAGGUUAGACCAACUGUUAGAGCUAUUAAGCGGGCUCUUUUGGUUGCGUUACGGUGUGUUGAUCCUGACUCUGAAAAGAGACCUAAGAUGGGCCAAGUUGUUAGGAUGCUUGAGUCUGAAGAAGUUCCAUACCGGGAGGAUCGGAGGAACCGAAGGAGUCGCACAGGAAGCAUGGAUAUCGAGUCGAUUGCAGAGGGCUCAAAUUCAACCGAAUUUGCAAACAAGGUAGAAAGAACUGGAAGCUCGACAUCAGACAGGUCUCAGUCCUGAGUUCAUAAACCUACGAUCCAUCCUGAGUACUCAUCAUCAUCAUCAUUGAUCAGCCUGGGAUAUGAUGUUAUUGAUCACCAAUGUGGUUACCGUUCUGAUAGGGAGAUGAUUGGUAGGUAAAACCUAGCCAUUAGGUCGAGUAGUAGCAUUAUUGGAGGGAAGGAUUUCAUGGUUCUUUUGUUGUUCAAAGUUUUUUGUGCUGUAUAGGUAUAUGUUGGUUCUUUGGAUGACCAUUCUUGUGAUCCACGAAGCUCGUUGGGUGUAUGCAUGACACGGAUCAUUCAUUGGGUUUAUGUGCUGUUAAGCUUUCAGUUUUCA